AUGUCCCGCCGCAAACAGGGCAACCCGCAGCACUUGUCCCAGAGGGAGCUCAUCACCCCAGAGGCUGACCAUGUGGAGGCCGCCAUCCUCGAGGAAGACGAGGGUCUGGAGAUAGAGGAGCCUGGUGGCCUGGGGCUGAUGGUGGGUGGCCCGGACCCUGACCUGCUCACCUGUGGACAGUGUCAGAUGAACUUCCCCUUGGGGGACAUCCUGGUUUUCAUAGAGCACAAGAAGAAGCAGUGUGGUGGCCUGAGUGCCUGCUAUGACAAAGGCCUGGACAAAGGCAGCCCGCCACCCAUCCCCCGCUCCGAGCUCAGGAAGGUGUCCGAGCCCGUGGAGAUUGGGAUCCAGGUCACGCCCGACGAGGACGACCACCUGCUGUCCCCCACGAAAGGCAUCUGCCCCAAGCAGGAGAACAUUGCAGGGCCGUGCAGGCCUGGCCAGCUGCCAGCGAUGGCUCCCAUCGCUGCGUCCUCCCACCCUCACACAUCCGUGAUCACGCCACCUCUUCGCGGGCUGGGUGCCCUCCCACCCUGCUUCCCCCUGCCGUGCUGCGGCGCGCGUCCACUCCCGGGCGACAGCCCUCAGGGUGAGGGUCAGACGGAGGCUGUGGCCCCCUUUGGAUGCCAGUGUCAGUUGUCAGGUAAGGACGAGCCUUCCAGCUACAUUUGCACAACAUGCAAGCAGCCUUUCACCAGCGCCUGGUUCCUGCUGCAGCACGCGCAGAACACGCACGGCUUCCGCAUCUACCUGGAGCCCGGGCCGGCCAGCAGCUCGCUCACACCGCGCCUCACCAUCCCGCCGCCGCUCGGGCCCGACGCUGUGGCGCAGUCGCCGCUCAUGAAUUUCCUGGGUGACAGCAACCCCUUCAGCCUGCUGCGCAUGACCGGGCCCCUGCUGCGCGAGCACCCCGGCUUCGAGGGCCGCCUGCCCGGCACCCCGCCGCUCUUCAGCCCGCCGCCGCGCCACCACCUGGACCCGCACCGGCUCAGCGCCGAGGAGAUGGGGCUCGUCGCCCAGCACCCCAGUGCCUUUGACCGAGUCAUGCGCCUCAACCCCAUGGCCAUCGACUCGCCCGCCAUGGACUUCUCGCGGCGCCUGCGCGAGCUGGCGGGCAACAGCGCCACACCGCCGCCCGUGUCCCCGGGGCGCGGGAACCCUAUGCACCGCCUCCUGAACCCCUUCCAGCCCGGCCCCAAGUCCCCCUUCCUGAGCACGCCGCCGCUGCCGCCCAUGCCCCCCGGCGGCACCCCGCCGCCGCAGCCCCCCGCCAAGAGUAAGUCGUGCGAGUUCUGCGGCAAGACCUUCAAGUUCCAGAGCAACCUGAUCGUGCACCGGCGCAGCCACACGGGCGAGAAGCCCUACAAGUGCCAGCUGUGCGACCACGCGUGCUCGCAGGCCAGCAAGCUCAAGCGCCACAUGAAGACGCACAUGCACAAGGCCGGCUCGCUGGCCGGCCGCUCCGACGACGGGCUCUCGGCCGCCAGCUCCCCGGAGCCCGGCACCAGCGAGCUGGCCGCCGAGGGCCUCAAGGCGGCCGACGGCGACUUCCGCCACGAGAGCGACCCGUCGCUGGGCCACGAGGCCGAGGACGACGAGGAGGAGGAGGAGGAAGAGGAGGAGGAGCUGCUGCUGGAGAACGAGAGCCGGCCCGAGUCGAGCUUCAGCAUGGACUCGGAGCUGAGCCGCAGCCGCGAGAACGGGGGCGGCGUGGCCGUGGGCGGCGUGGCCGUGGGCGGCGUGGGCGCGGGCGGCGCCAAGCUGGCCGACGAGAAGGCGCUGGUGCUGGGCAAGGUCAUGGAGAACGUGGGCCUGGGCGCGCUGCCGCCGCAGUACGAGCUGCUGGCCGACAAGCAGAAGCGCAGCGCCUUCCUGAAGCGCGCGGCCGGCGACCCCGGCGACGAUGAGGACGCGGGCGGCUGCGGGGACGCGGGCGCGCCGGGCGCCGUCAACGGGCGCGGGGCCUUCCCGGGCGCCGAGCCCUUCCCCGGCCUCUUCCCGCGCAAGCCCGCGCCCCUGCCCAGCCCCGGGCUGCCCAGCGCGGCCAAGCGCAUCAAGGUGGAGAAGGACCUGGAGCUGCCGCCCGCCGCGCUCAUCCCCUCGGAGAACGUGUACUCGCAGUGGCUCGUGGGCUACGCCGCGUCGCGCCACUUCAUGAAGGACCCCUUCCUGGGCUUCACGGACGCGCGCCAGUCGCCCUUCGCCACUUCGUCCGAGCACUCGUCCGAGAACGGCAGCCUGCGCUUCUCCACGCCGCCGGGGGACCUGCUGGACGGCGGGCUGUCGGGGCGCAGCGGCACGGCCAGCGGGGGCAGCACGCCGCACCUGGGCGGCCCGGGGCCCGGGCGGCCCAGCUCCAAGGAGGGCCGGCGCAGCGACACGUGCGAGUACUGCGGCAAGGUGUUCAAGAACUGCAGCAACCUGACGGUGCACCGGCGGAGCCACACCGGCGAGCGGCCUUACAAGUGCGAGCUGUGCAACUACGCGUGCGCGCAGAGCAGCAAGCUCACGCGCCACAUGAAGACGCACGGGCAGAUCGGCAAGGAGGUGUACCGCUGCGACAUCUGCCAGAUGCCCUUCAGCGUCUACAGCACCCUGGAGAAACACAUGAAAAAGUGGCACGGGGAGCACUUGCUGACUAACGACGUCAAAAUCGAGCAGGCCGAGCGCAGCUAA